AUGUCGUCCGCCGCCGCGCCGAAGGAGCCGCCGCGCCCGGUGCGCUUCGGCAUCAUGGGCUGCGCCUCCAUCGCACGCAAGCUCGCUCGCGCCAUGCUGCUGGUCGCCCCCACCGCCGAAGUGGCCGCCAUCGCCAGCCGCUCCGGGGACAAGGCGCGCCUCUUCGCCGCCGACAACGGCCUCCCCGCCGGCACGCGCCUCCACGGGUCCUACGAGGCGCUCCUCGAAGACCCGGACAUCGACGCCAUCUACCUCCCGCUCCCCACCAGCCUCCACCUCAAGUGGGCCACCGCCGCCGCCGCGCGGGGCAAGCAUCUGCUCCUCGAGAAGCCCACCGCGCUCUGCGCCGCUGACCUCGACUCAAUCCUCGCUGCCUGCGAGGAUAGCGGCGUCCAGUUCAUGGACUGCACCAUGUGGAUGCACAACCUCCGCACUGCCAAGAUGCGCCAGCUCGUCGCCGAUCAGAGCACCAUUGGCGACGUCAGAAUUGUAAACAGCAUUGUCAGCUUUCGAGCAGACGAAGAUUUCCUUCAGAAUGACAUCAGGGUAAAGCCAGACCUUGAUGCCCUGGGUGCACUUGGUGAUAUUGGGUGGUACUGCAUCCGCGCAAUCUUGUGGGCAGUCGACUAUGAGCUGCCCAAGAAUGUGAUUGCUCACCGUCACCCUGUUAAGAACCAAGCUGGUGUGCUCCUUGCUUGUGGUGCAUCGCUCUACUGGGAGGAUGGAAAGGUCGCCACCUUCCACUGUUCUUUCCUUACCAACCUUACCAUGGACAUAACCGUCGUUGGCACAAAUGGUACUAUUCAUGUUACCGACCUCCUCAUCCCGUACAAUGAAAAGUCUGGUCCAUUCAGUGUAGACUCCAAGACGGACGUCAACGAACUCGCUACUGAAUGGGUUCCACAUCCAAGCAAGCAUGUUGUCACGACGGACCUACCACAGGAGGCCCUGAUGGUCCAGGAGUUCUGUAGGCUGGUGAGGAACAUCAGAGAUGCCGGUGGCAAGCCUGAGGGGAAGUGGAUGGCCAUCACCCGAAAGACACAGAUUGUGGUGGAUGCAGUGAAAACUUCUAUUGAGAAUGGAUGUGAGUCAGUUGAUGUUGUUAACUAGAUACAUCACAUAGCUGGUCCUUCCCAUAAUAUGUCAUCCAGACUAUGGCGUAUAGUUUGUGUAAUUGCUGAAGCCAUACUCCUACGCUGCACAAAACUAAGUGAAACAAUUCGAAUGAUUCUAGUCAUAUUGAGGACAACAUUGCAACGAUCAAGUUAGAUUUUACUACAAUUUGCUGUGCAAUAUAUGGGGAAUAUGGAUGCUCUGUGCAUCUCUCAUAUUAAUGGUGUUGUCUAUGUCAACCCGAUAAAUUCUAGGAAGGCGCAUCAGUCUCUCCCAAAAUGCUGGUUAAUGACACUCAGAUUCUGGUUUCCUGAAUGAGGACAGAACCGAUAGAAACCCCGUUCAGAAUCUUACCAGUUUCAAGAAUUACAAGUGUUUUUACCAAAGAAAUGGGAAAUGGGGCGAGAGAGGUGCUAAAUAAAGAAUCGAGGCUGAACAUCGUUUUAUGGGUCUGUCUGCUAUUGAGCAGAUUACAGUUGAAGCUAGAGCAAUAGCAGGCAAAACAGGCCCUCGGUGUGAGUGACAAAUAGAUACUAGUAUGA